AUGGAGUUGGCAUCUGAGUCCCAAGCCUCAAGCGUGAGACGCUCUGUCCUAGAGGCGCCCCUGCCUAAGACGGCUGCGCUCGAAAACCAAAACUGCGACCAGUUUCCCCGAUGUGAGCCGCAAGCUGUGAGUUUGCGUCCAGUCUCCGAGUUGCUAGUUUGCGCUCAUGAAAACGAGUCUUCAAUUCUGUUCUGUCUCAGGACAUACUUCACGUUAGACGGGACAAUCUACGAACAGGUGAAGGGCACACCAAUGGGUUCGCCGAUUUCGGGGUUCAUCGACGAGGCGGUCCUGCAACGGUUAGAGUCGCUGGUCUUCCAACACCACAAGCCGAAGUUCUGGGCCCAGUGUGUGGAUGAUACCUUCGCCGUUAUCGACCAGGAUCAACUGCUGACAUGCAAGGAACGUCUGAAUGCGGUCUUCCCGGAUAUACAAUUUACGAUGGAGGAGGCAGGGAACAACAGACUGGCCUUCCUGGAUGUCCUCGUAUGCCGCAAGGAUUGUGGUGGACUAAAGACCAAAGUGUUCAGGAAAGCGACAAAUACGAUGCAAGUACUGAACUUCAACAGUAACCACCCAAUCAGCCACAAACGCAGUUGUGUAAGGACGCUCUAUCGGCGUGUCGAAACGCACUGCAGUGAGCCGGAAGAAAAGAUUGCCGAACUACAAUACCUCCGACGGGUCUUCAAAGCCAAUGGCUACCCACGCAACUUCGUCAACCGGUGCAUACGCAAAAGGGACGAAAGACCUAACCGCAUGGACACCAAAGUUUGGCGAGCGCUUCCAUGUGUCAAGAACGUUUCGGAAGCUGUUGGCCGCCUUCUCGCACCAUUUAAGGUUGGAGUGGCACACAGACCGGCGGCAACCAUCACGUGUCAGUUAAUGAAACCGAAAGACCCAUUGCCACAGCAAGAAACGUCUGGAGUCGUUUAUCGGAUCUGGUUCAGUUACGGACAAAGCAACUUCGUCGGAGAAACCAGAAGACUACCCCAAACGCGAAUGACCGAACACGCUGCAGCGGUGCGGAGAAAUGACGCUGGCUCUCAAGCUGCGGCUCAUUCGACGGGUUCCGGCCACACAUUCAUAUUUACGAGGCCAAAAUUCUCACAAGAGGUGACAACAGCGUGA